ACAGGUAGUGUGCAAGGGAACUGCAGCACCCUAGAGCAGGUUUUGGUGCUCAUUAUUUGAGCAAAGUUGGGGGCUGGGACACAGGAAGUGAAGUUAGCUGAAGUUAAAACAGGAACCCAGAACACACGGAAGCCUAGAAGCUGUUACUAGCAUCAGGUGCUGGGGCAAAAAGCAGCAAGUUUGCUAGCAGGAGCUGGUGGGCAUUUUAAGAUGUGGAAAGCGGUCGUGGGACAUGAUGUGUCGGUGAAGGUUGAGGCUCAGGGAGACGACUGGGACACUGACCCCGAUUUUGUGAACGACAUCUCUGAGAAGGAGCAGCGCUGGGGGGCCAAGACCAUCGCGGGCUCUGGACGCGCCGAGCACAUCGACAUCCACCAGCUGAGGAACAAGGUGUCAGAGGAACACGAAGUCAUCAAGAAGAAGGAGCUGGAGACUGGCCCCAAGGCCUCCUAUGGCUAUGGGGGCAAAUUUGGAACAGAGCAGGACCGAAUGGAUAAGUGCGCCGUGGGCCAUGAGUAUGUCGCUGAUGUUGGGAAGCAUUCCUCACAGACAGAUGCAGCACAGGGCUUUGGUGGGAAGUUUGGAAUCCAACGGGACCGAACUGAUAAGUCAGCGCUGGGUUUUGAAUACAAGGGUGAGGUGGAGAAACACUCGUCCCAGAAAGAUUACUCCAAGGGUUUUGGCGGCCGUUAUGGUGUGGAGAAGGACAAGGUGGACAAAGCAGCAGUGGGGUUCGACUACAAGAGCCAGGUGGAGAAGCACGACUCUCAGAAAGACUAUUCUGCGGGCUUUGGUGGGAAGUUUGGGGUCCAGAGGGAUCGACAGGACAAGAGUGCUCUUGGCUGGGACCAUCAGGAGGAAGUGCAACCCCAUGCAUCCCAAACAGACUAUGCCAAAGGAUUUGGAGGCCGCUAUGGGGUCCAGAAGGACAGGGUAGAUAAGAGUGCUGCUGGCUUUAACGAGAUGGCAAGUCCAACUUCCUCAUAUGAGAAAACAAGACCAGUGGAGGCAGCAGCUUCCAGCAGCACCAGCAGCCUGCGGUCGAGAUUUGAAAACCUGGCUAAAUUGGCAGACGAGGAGAGCAAAAGGCAGGCAGAAGAAGACCGGGUGAGGCGUCAAGCUCAGGAGUGCCAGGCAGCUCGGCAGAAGCAGGAAAUCCCACAGGGAGCGAAGGACCACAGAGAGACAGUUCCUGCCACUGUGACAGCAAGGGUCCCUGGAAGAGCUGUCCAAGACAGUCCUGUGUCACAAGGAGAGCAGGAGGCAAAAGGGGAGGAUGAGGAAACACCCCCCACUUUGCCACCAAGGCCAGCAGAUCUGGGUGAAGAGCUGUGCAAGUUUCCCAGCCAGGAUCAGCCCAUCUACAGUGAGAGUUUGGAUGUCAGUGGAGAUUAUGAGGAGCUGCUAGAGCACUCUGACUACUGUGAUGGUAUCAGUGCAAGUGCUGACUAUGAGGAACUGCCAGCACGCUUGGGAAAGCCAGAUGCCGUCAUCAGCCGUGGAGGAGAUGGAGGUGAGGACUAUGAGGAGAUCCUUCCUGAGGAGUCCAGCCAGCCCUGCGUGGGGGAAACGGACAAUGUUUAUGAGGUGGAGAGCCCUGGGACCUGUGCUGUGGCUCUCUAUGAUUACCAAGGAGAUGGAGAUGAUGAGAUUUCUUUUGAUCCCGAUGACACAAUCACACACAUCGAGAUGGUAGAUGAAGGCUGGUGGCGGGGUCAGUGCCGGGGCAAAGUAGGCCUCUUCCCAGCAAAUUAUGUGAAGCUUCUGCAGUGAGACCAGCAUUGUCCAAACUGCCUUGUUCCAAACUUCUGCCUCUGUCUGCUUCAGCCUUCUACAUAUUGUUAGCUUAAUUUGGCUCAGCCUGGCAUGUCUACGUGCAAGAAGUACCAGUGAGCAAACUGGCAGCUUCUGACAAAAUACUUGGCCUGUGCCCAAGAUGGAUUCUGAAUCACAGUAGGCCGAGGUUGGAAGGGACCUCUGAAGAUCAUCUACUCCAACCCCCCUGCCAAGCAGGAUCACCUAGAGCACAUUGUGCAGGAUGACAUCCACGCAGGUUUUGAAUAUCUCCAGAGAAGGAGACUCCACAACCUCUCUGGGCAACUUGUUCCAGUGCUCUGUCACCCUCACAGUAAAUAAGUGCCCCCUCAUAUUCAGCCAGAACCUCCUGUGCUUCAGUUUGUGCCCACUGCCUCCCGUCCUAUUGCUGGGCACAACUGAAAAGAGAUCAGCUCAAUCCUCUUGACACCCUCCCUCAGAUAUUUAUAUUCUGGUUCCCAUCCAGUCCUAUAUGGGAUGGUUUUCAGAACAUGUGGAUGUGAUAUGACAUCUUUUCUGUCUAGACUGUCCCAUAUGUCAACUGGAAAGCUUGCAGAAGUGUGUCCAUUCCUGUUUCAGCAGGGCAAUUCACAGCAAGAAAAAAUAACUAAUCUAGUCAGGGCAGAAGGGACCUUUUAUUUUUGAAUUGCCAUUUGUCACCUCUAUCUGACAGGCCUUCUUUCUUCAUAGGACUAAGUCCAGAAUAUACAGCUGUAGAAUAAGAGAUACUGCCCUGAGCUAUGGCCCUGAACCUUAUCCUACCCAGUUGUCAAGGGAAAACAGCACAGUGAAGACUGAACUUGCCUUUUUUCCCAAGAAGUUUUCACUUGCAAGAUGCAGUAUGUUUGCAGUGCAGAGUAUAGAAAUGUGACCUGGGUCUAUCUGGGCAGAUUCAGGGCUGGCACCUGGGAACAGUUGAUUCUCACAGUGAACACUGCUGAGUUUGCCUACAAACAGACAUAAGCUUUGAUGUAAUGAGCUGUUCCAUUAAACAAGACAAGUGUGUGUUGGUCAAUGAAGAUGAAGCAUAAUAUUGCUAAGGUAGUAGAUUACUUGUUUGUUUUUCCCCUGUGUGCCAAGAACACAGGGCUAUGUUAUUUCUGGGGUAAACUUUGAAAAAGGAAAUAUAAAAUUUAGAUUAUUUUCUGAGAACAAUGACUUUGGUAAAUAUGUCUUGGAGCAACAGAAAAAUACCAAAAGGCUUCACUUAAUAAGGAAUAUGUUAAUAACUGUUUCGGUUGCCAUCCAGGCAUUCCAGCAGAGGAAUGUUCUUCCAGGGAAAUCCUUUCCCUCUGGAAAAUGAAUCAGAAUAAGUGCUGCUGGAUACAGCCAGUAGUAUAUUUUUGAGUUCCGUUUUUCCUAUUAACAGUUCUGACAGUAUAAAUAAGCACACACAUGCAGGAUAAACAGACCCACAGCUUUUCUCUAGCCUAAAGACUCUAGCAUGUUCUACAGUCAGUGAUAAAGGUGGGUUCCUCCAUCCAGUAUUUGGCUCAGUUUCCCUGUACUGGUGGGUGGUUUGCCUCUCUGUGCUGAAGUCAGGCCACCACUUCCUACCAUGGAAGUGAAAUAGUUAUGCCUCCUAGGUCUUUGCAGGCCUCACUAAUUAAGGACUAUUUGAAGCUAAUUAUCUCACCAGUCAGCACAAUUUAAUUAACAAGGGAGUGAAUUAUUCAUGACAGGAUGUACAGGCUAGGGGCUCCUUAUCUGAAGAAUUCCCAUUGCUGUUGCUAUUUACCCUAUCCUGCUUCUCUGGCACAGAUUGGAAAAGAACAAGUUGCAUAACUAAAGGUAUAUAAAUUUUGUAACUGCCUCAUUUGGACAGAGUUCAUGCGAGCAGAGUCUGUCCUUCUGCUGCACUGCACUAGUAAUAAACUGCUUCUGUUCUG